AUGAACCUCAGCGACGUCCUCCCAGUCUCCAGCCGCCAGAGAACACCCAGCCCUCCUGCAGCACAGCCCCCUGCACAAUACCCAACAGAGGACCCAAAUCUCGACCGGUCUGGCGAGAGUCAGGAUCAUUCCCACGCCAUGGGGCAGACCAACAGGACUGACAGGAUGGAGAAUGAGGAUAGCGCAGAUGAGGAGGAAGCACCAUCCCCAACACAGGACUCUGCUGGGACAGAUGAGGAGCAGAAGCAGCAGGACAGCGAUGGGACAGUGGGCAGCGAGGGUGCAGAAGAAGAGCCCGCAGCAGCCGAGGGUAGAGCAGAGCAGAGACUGAGCACUACGCAGCAUUUCUUCUACGCUCUGCUGCCUAAAAACGCCCCCCUGCUGCCAGCAGCACGCCAGAGGACACGGCUGCAGCAGAGCGUUCCUCUCUCGGCGGGAGACCACCCACCGCCCCUGCAAGCACCACCACACACGGGCAGCACAAGGAGCAGGAACCCCCGAGCCCAAGGGUUCAUGGCACAGGUGGCUCGAGCCCUGCGCGAGGACUGUGGCCUGCCCCAGCUCCAGCAGGCCUGCGCCGAGAUGGUCUCGAGGACGGAGCUGCUCCUGAAGCUGCUGAGUGAGAGGCAGCGUGACCCGGAGCCCUCUGACCUCCUUGAGCAGUGUGUGCGGGAGGAGGAUGCCGGCACCUCUCGUCCCCAUGCCCAAGUCCAGGCGGGGGAGAUGGGCAGUGAAUCUGCAGAGACGGAGAUGGCCAAUCACACCUUUGACCGCUGGCUGCCGCCGGUGCUGGCGCUCUUGCUGUUACUGACCCUCAUCACGUCCGUUGCUCUCCUGGUGCAGUGCUGUUUCAAGAGCUGCCGGGAGCAGCAGGCAGGGCACAGAGGCCUCUCUCUGGCUGUCCGCAUGGGCAGCAAACACUCGGCUGCUGGUGCCUUUGCAACAGGCUGCAGAAAUCUUGGAACCCUCAAGAGUAAAGUUGCUGCUGUGGGAUCCCCAGUGCUGCUUCCUGGGCUGGGUAACAUCACGCAGGUCUACUCCGUGCAGUGGGAAUACCUCAGUGGUGCCAGCUCCCACACCGUCCUGCAGUACUACAAGGGAUCCCACAGCCCAGCCAUCCACGCACCCUACGCAGGACAAGCUGUUUUCCGUCCAUCCGAUGGAUCUCUCCUGCUGGAGGAGCGUGUCCAGGAAAGUGACAGUGGCAUCUACAAAGCAACUGUCAACAUGGGAGACAGGGAGAGCCUGAAAAUCCUGCUGGAAGUCCUCAAUGUGCUGGUCUGUAACACGCCCCAGGUGGGGCAGAGCGACCAGCUCCAACGGCAGGGGAUUGUCCCAUGUCACAGUGGGGACGCACGCUCGCAGGCCCGGCCGAUGCAACUCCUGCGGCGAGGCCCCAUUGUGAGGUGUGAGGUGUCCCGGGCUGUAUCUGCCCAGCAGGGCCAGCACAGCGCCAGAUCCGCUGCUGGUCGCAGACGAGAGCUCCUGGUUUGGAUCCCCAGCCUUGAGCCUCGUGUGGUACCAAAGGCGCUCAGGCCCUGUGUCGCUAUGGCACCGCUGCUGCUGCUGCUGCUGCUGCUGGGCCUGGCCCCCGGCCUGGCCCGGCCCCUGGGGCCCUGCCCGGGGCCCUGCCGCUGCCGCGGGCGCCGCCUGGACUGCAGCAGCGCUGCCCUGGCCCGCGUGCCCCUGGCCACCCCCCAACGGCCCUUCUCCGUGCUGGAUUUCACUGGGAACGCGCUCGCCCUCAUUCGCCCUCAGCCGUGGAAGGGAUACCUGUGGGCUGAGAAGCUAGUCCUCCAGCACAACAACCUGCUGGCGGUGAAGAGGCGCUCGCUGGGGGGGCUGCUCCUGCUGAGGCACCUGGAUUUAUCUUACAACAAAAUCCAGUUGAUCGAGGCACGUGCUUUUGAGAACCUUCCUUUCCUGGAGACCAUAAGCCUGGAGGGAAAUCUCAUCACCCAGAUCCGGAGCGACACCUUCCGGGCAUGGCACGGGAUGCAGUUCCUCCAGACGCUGGUCCUGCGCCAUAACCCCCUGUCUGUUAUCGAGGACACGUGGUUCUUCAAGCUGCCUUCAGUCACUCACCUGGACCUGGGUGCCACACGAGUGACUCGGCAGACGCUGCUCAUGCUGCUCCUGAGAACAUCCCGCUUGGAAACACUCAAGCUGUCCAUCGACACGGCCUGCUGCCUCUGCCAGCACAAGCACAGCACUGAGACCCCGUGCAGGACCCUCAGCUUCGACUGCAUGAGCGUGUGCAACAGCACUGUUCCCCGCUGCGCUCCCCUGGCAGAGACACCAGGGCUCCUAAUGGGACCGGUGCCCCCCAAGAAAGGGAACAACAGGUCUGUGUUGAAUCUCCAGCCUAAGGAGCCUUCACUCGGGGAGCAGAGAACCGUCACGCUCACAGUUGCCCGGAGCCUGAGCAGCCCCGAUGCAUCAGCACCUUCCCCUCAGCAGCUCUCGAGGCAGGAGGGCAACACCGCCAAGGAGCUGACGCUGAUGCUGCGGAGCAUUCAGCACGGGGGCUGGAGCAGCUCUAUCGACACCAGGAGGCUCUAUUUCCUAGCAGAGGGGCUCGUGGCACAGCUAAAGAACAAGCUGCACAAGGCCAUGAGCAUCCUGACUGUGAAAAGCCCCAGCACAGCCCGGCCAGCGCAGAGGGACAAGGGGCACGAGGUGGCAGUAGGGGAGGGAGGAAGAGCCAUAAACUGGCAGAAACAGGAGCUGGGCUUAGGCUUGACCCGCGCAGAGUCCAUCUUAUGGGAAGCAGUGCGGAGCAUGAACCUCAGCGACGUCCUCCCAGUCUCUAGUCACCAGAGAACACCCAGCCCUCCUGCAGCACAGCCCCCUGCACAAUACCCAACAGAGGACCCAAAUCUCGACCGGUCUGGCGAGAGUCAGGAUCAUUCCCACGCCAUGGGGCAGACCAACAGGACUGACAGGAUGGAGAAUGAGGAUAGUGCAGAAAAUGAGGAGGAAGCACCAUCGCCAACACAGGACUCUGCUGGGACAGAUGAGGAGCAGAAGCAGCAGGACAGCGAUGGGACAGUGGGCAGCGAGGGUGCAGAAGAAGAGCCCGCAGCAGCAGAGGGUAGAGCAGAGCAGAGACUGAGCACUAUCCAGCAUUUCUUCUAUGCUCUGCUGGCUAAAAACGGCCCCCCUGCUGCCAGCAGCACACCAGAGGACACGGCUGCAGCAGAGCGUUCCUCUCUCGGCGGGAGACCACCCACCGCCCCUGCAAGCACCACCACACAGCAGCCCAAGGAGCAUCACAAGGAGCAGGAACCCCCGAGCCCAAGGGCACAGGGCAGCUCCAGGGCCCCGGGUGGCGCGGCCAUGCGACGACCCCCCUUUGACACCCUGCUCAGCCGCCACCUGCACUCUCUGGUGCCAGAUGGAGCCCUGCGCAGGUUCAUGGCACAGGUGGCUCGAGCCCUGCGCGAGGACUGUGGCCUGCCCCAGCUCCAGCAGGCCUGCGCCGAGAUGGUCUCGAGGACGGAGCUGCUCCUGAAGCUGCUGAGUGAGAGGCAGCGUGACCCGGAGCCCUCUGACCUCCUGGAGCAGUGUGUGCGGGAGGAGGAUGCCGGCACCUCUCGUCCCCAUGCCCAAGUCCAGGCCAGGGAGAUGGGCAGUGAAUCUGCAGAGACGGUAGGAGAGAACGGGGCAUGGCUGCAGGAGAUGGCCAAUCACACCUUUGACCGCUGGCUGCCGCCGGUGCUGGCGCUCUCGCUGUUACUGAACUUCAUCACGUCCGUUGCUCUCCUGGUGCAGUGCUGUUUCAAGCACCCGUUGCUUCCAGCCGUGCAGCAAUGCCCCUGCUCCCUGCCCUGA